AUGGCUGUAUCCACUCUGGUCUCCACCACGCCCAUAGAAAAUCCGCGGCAGGCUCUAGGAGGCUACGGACCUUCGCUCCUCUUCUUCCCCACCACCAUCACGGCUGCAAUUCCCCUUCAAACGCGGAAGCUCUCUCGUUCCUCGGACCCGAGGGGCGAGUGGCUUCCUGCCGAAGCGGACCGGCACACUUCCAGCGAGAAUUUUCCUAGUCGCAACUUGAACGCCCUCGAAUCCCAUGGCGAUGGCAGGCCCGGCGUCGACUACAAUUCCCACUCGGGCCUAGAUCCUGAUUUGGAUUUGAACUCCGAAUAUAGCGCCCCCGUCCCCCUCAGGUCUUUCGCUCAACGCCUCUGGGUCUUCAUGUCACGAGCCCCGCUCAUUCGCUCCUCGCCCGCAUUGGGCUCGUCCUCGUACGGAGCAGUGCCUAUUCAGGGCGAUUCAGAUGAUGAGUCUUAUCCGACUGACAGGUGGAGGACAGUACGAAGCAUUCCCAAUGAAUCACAAAGGGCGGCGAGCUUAGAGAGCCGAGGGGGCCCUUCGAAUGGUACACAACAACGAACCAAACCCAGAAAAUCUUACUCGUCUGAUCGACGAAGAGAUGGCAGUCUACUUGCAAAAGUUUACAAUCGACGUCCUUCAUCCGCGGCGUCUGAUGUAGGUAUGGGGGCUGACUCGAAGUUCUCAUUCGCAACUGGAAUGGCGAUGCCGGAAAAUGUAGUGCUCCAGGAUAGCCCAACCUCUUCGCCUUGCAUGACAAGUGACGAGGAAGAAUACCCAGGAGAUGAUAGUCCCAAAUCUUCAGAGGAAGACCCGCCUGACAAUUCACCUUAUGCUCAAGUUCGUGCCACGGUUCCAGCCACUGAUGACAUUUCGCUCUCGAUCAAUACCCCACGGAUGUGGACUCUCUCCUUACUCUUUGCGCUUUCAGGGUCUGCUGCAAACCUCUUCUUUUCUCUCCGCUAUCCUAGCGUUGCUAUCACUCCGAUCAUUGCUCUAGUUCUCGUCCAUCCGCUGGGGAAAGCUUGGGACCUUGUUCUCAAAUGUUCUGAUGACCCUGUUGAAGUUUUCACGAAUGGGUCUUUAGACCAUCGAGAAGCUUCAUCCCCGGAGAAUAACGGCUCUUCCCUGCCGUGGAAGACUCGACUUCGUCUCUGGUUUGCCCAGGGGCGUUGGAAUGAAAAAGAGCACGCAUGUGUCUACAUAAGUAGCAAUGUCUCGUUUGGGUUUGCAUUUGCGACUGAUGUGAUUGUGGAACAAAAUAAAUUUUACAAUCAGGAUGUUCCCAUUCUAUAUCAGUCUUUGCUGAUAAUUUCAACCCAAGUGCUUGGCUACGCCUUUGCUGGCUUGACUCGGCGCUUCCUUGUCCGGCCAUCUGCUAUGGUUUGGCCUGGAACCCUCAUGUCCACCGCUAUGUUCUCCACCAUGCACAAAACAUCUAAUAAGAAUGCGAAUGGCUGGGUGAUUUCUCGGUAUCAAUUUUUCAUUCUGGUCUGGGGAGGGGCUUUCCUGUGGUAUUUCGUUCCUGGUUUGCUGGCGCCAGCCCUAAGCUACUUCAAUGUAAUCACUUGGCUGGCUCCGAAGAACGUGGUGAUAUCCAAUUUGUUUGGAGUCGCAUCUGGGCUCGGAAUGUUCCCUUUGACUUUUGACUGGGCUCAGAUUGCAUAUAUCGGUUCGCCCCUUCUGACCCCCUGGUGGGCUGCCGCGAAUAUCGUUACUGGUCUCGUUAUAGUUAUUUGGAUAAUUGCGCCCCUGUUGUACUAUAGAAAUAUUCUCUACUCUGCGUUCAUGCCGAUUCUCUCAACGGCUGUCUUCGAUAAUGAAGGUCACCCUUACGAUGUAAGCCGGAUCUUGACCUCAGACUUUCUUUUUGAUCAAAAGGCCUACGAGGAUUAUUCGCCUGUUUAUCUUCCUAUCACCUACGUCUUAUCUUAUGCGGUCCAGUUUGCGGCUUUGACUUCGCUGGUUACCCAUACCGUGUGCUGGUAUGGGAAUGAUAUUUGGCAACAAACCUGUAGAGCCUUCGAGGAACGCCGAGGUUUUUCUGACCUUAAUACCUAUCAACCCCUUCAAGACACCAAUAGGCCUUCGAAUCGCCGGGGCUGCAGGUCUCCUGACAAUAAUGCACGCGGCCCUCACCAGGAGAUCCCGCUCGGAUUGGAAGACGUCCAUUGCCGGCUGAUGCGACGGUAUGAAGACGCACCAUUGGCAUGGUAUCUCAUUGUGCUGGCCACAAUGCUUGCCAUUGCUGCUUAUACAGUAGAAUAUUAUCCAACUCAUCUGCCCUGGUACGGGCUACUUCUUGCCUUGGGGAUUACAAGUAUAUUCUUCAUACCUGUUGGAAUCAUCAUGGCCGUCACCAAUCAGCACAGUAGUCUUUACCUGAUCUGCCAGCUUCUCUGUGGCAUGGUCUUCCCAGGCCGACCCGUCGCAAACAUGAUCUUCGUGACUUAUUCUUACAUUAGCUCAGCUCAAGGUAUCAAGUUCUCCUCUGAUCUGAAACUUGGACACUACAUGAAGAUCCCACCUCGUAUCCUGUUCGGGGUUCAGAUGGUGGCUACCGUUGUCUCAAGCAUGACUCAAAUUGGCGUCUUGAACUGGAUGUUCGCCCAUGUUCCCAAGAUAUGCACACCAGAGGCUCUGAAUGGAUUUAAUUGCCCCAUUGCCCGGGUGCAUUUCAAUGGCAGCAUACUCUGGGGGGUGGUUGGCCCGCAACGAUUUUUUGGCCCGGAGGGGUUGUACAGGCCCCUCGUAUGGGCAUUUCUCGUGGGGGCAAUUGCUCCCAUCGGUGCCUGGGCACUGGGUCGACGAAACAAGAAGAGCUUCUGGCGCAAAGUCAAUUUUCCCAUCCUCUUUGGCAGUCUAAGCUGGAUUCCCCCCGCGACUGGUCUCAACUUUUCGAUCUGGGCAUUAGUCUGCUUCGUGUUCAACUACGUGAUUCGGCGGCGUAGAACAGCCUGGUGGGAGAAAUAUGCAAUGACGCUCUCGGCCGCGCUGGAUUCGGGCCUGGCAUUUGGAGUGGUGGUAGUCUUCUUCGGCUUCGUCUAUCCAGGCUGGGUAGCAGGUUUCCAGUGGUGGGGAACCGAGAUCUACAAACAAGGCUGCGACUGGAUCGCGUGUGCCUAUAAACGAUUGGAGCCUGGGGAGAAGUUCGGGCUCUGA